GUCAUCCCUAUCUGUCUCUGACUGACAAUUUGUAUUUUGUAUACCUAUUUCAUUCGUGAAGACGAUCCGAAAUUAUAAAAUUGGAUUGUGAGGAGUGAUUUCAGUGAUUCGUAAGAAAUAAAAAUCUAAACCGACUUUUAUUAUUUUGUAUUGUGGUUAUACUCCACUUUUGUGAGGGAAAUCGAGUUUGUGUUCAGUGGAAUUUCUUGAUUGGCAGUAAGUAGAUAAUAUACCCUGCCGAAUUCUGCGAAUUCAUAUCAGCUAUGAAAAGUAACUAUAGUAGCUAAGAAGAAUAAUAUUUGAAUGCGUAUAUGCCUGUUAUGUCAUUACGCCUAAACAAUAGACGUGUUAUGGCGGCUUUACGGUAAACUGUGGUGUGAACUGAGUCAAGAUGUGGUCGAAUAUUGGCGUCCUCGUCGUACUGUUUGGCUCGGCGAUUGCCUUGCUUGAAGGACCCAAUGUCUGUAUCAAACAGCAAGCAUAUGUCACAACCAUCAGAGUCUCGGAAAGCCAACCGUUCCAAGUUAAAGAAUCAAAAUGGUGUUUUAAUUUUCCGCCACGAUGUUCAAAGUACAAAAUACAGUUCCGGACUGUAUUCAAAAACCAAACCCUUACAAAGCAUCGACCAGUGGAGGAAUGUUGCGAGGGAUAUGCGCCAGAUGAAAUGGGACAACACUGUGUACCUGUGUGCGAGGAAAAGUGUGUAUACGGCACAUGCGUCGCUCCUAAUACGUGUGCGUGCAAUCACGGAUAUGGGGGACCAGCGUGUGACAUUUCUUGCCCACAAGGCCGUUGGGGUCGCCACUGUCAGAACACUUGCCACUGCCAAAAUGGCGGUACUUGCGAGCCGCUGACAGGUCAAUGUUCGUGCACGGCCGGGUGGCGCGGCGAGUCGUGCGAGCAAUCCUGUCCCCUGACCACUUUCGGAGACAACUGCAGAGAGGUCUGCAUGUGUAAGAACCGCGCGGCCUGCCAUCCGGCCAGCGGAGCCUGCUCUUGUAAACCGGGAUUUACGGGACCAUUAUGUGAAAAACAGUGUGAAGAAGAUGAGCCGUGCGCACAGGGCUGCAGGUGUCAGAACGAUGGAGUUUGCAACGCUUUUGGCGUGUGCAACUGUACCGCCGGCUGGACUGGCGAAGUGUGCGCCAACAGAUGUCCGACUGGCAAAUGGGGCGAGGAGUGUCAAAAGACAUGUGAGUGUGCCAAUGGCGCUGGUUGUCAUCACGUGACUGGUCGCUGUCAGUGUGAAGCAGGUUUCACCGGGGAAAAGUGCCUCGAAGAGUGCCCAGUGGGUACGUACGGCGUGGACUGCCUGGGCAAGUGUUCGUGCCAGCACGGGGAAUGUUCCCCGCGGAACGGGUCGUGCGCCUGCAAGCCUGGCUGGCGCGGCGAGUGGUGCGAGCUGCGGGCCUGUGCUGAUGGCAAGUGGGGGCCGAACUGCGAACACGACUGCGAGUGCAACCCUUCUACCACUGACAUCUGCGACCCGUGGACGGGGGCGUGCGAGUGCGCGGCGGGCUGGGGCGGGGAGCAGUGCUCGCGGCAGUGCCCGCUGCUCACCUACGGCAAGGGCUGCCGCAACACCUGCCGCUGCGAGAACUCCGGCCACUGCUCGCCUGUCAACGGAUCAUGUCUAUGCGCGCCUGGUUACCGCGGCAUUCGUUGCGAGCAAACGUGCGAGUUCCCGUACUACGGCGACAACUGCGCGGACAAGUGCGAGUGCUACAACAACGCCACCUGCUCGCCCGAGACCGGACAGUGUCACUGCACACCUGGAUACGAUGGCUUGAAGUGCGAUAGACCUUGUGACGGCAAGAAAUUUGGACCCAAUUGCCUGCAACCUUGCAACUGUGAAAACGACGCUCCUUGUAAUCCUGUCACAGGUGAAUGCGUGUGCAGCGCCGGGUACACGGGCGCGCGCUGCGAGCGGCGCUGCGCGAGCGGCUCGUUCGGCGCGGGCUGCGGCUCGGCGUGCGCCUGCAGCGAGCACGCGGCCGGCUGCCACCACGUCACCGGGCAGUGCAUCUGCGACACCAACUGGAGAGGCGUCCGCUGCGAGACCCAAUGUCCGGAAGGCCUGUACGGGCCGGAUUGCGAUCAGCGGUGCCGCUGCCUGAACAACUCGUCGUGCGAGGCGGGCAGCGGGCGCUGCGUGUGCGCGGCCGGCUGGACCGGCGACGACUGCCGCACGCCGUGCCCGCCCGGCUCCUACGGGCCCGGCUGCUCGCAGCUGUGUCGCCACCAGCGGGACGAUAACACAACGUGCGACCCUGUGACCGGCGACUUCUCGUGUCGCAGUGGCUACACCGGGCCUACUUGCCAAUACCCGUGUCCACUCGGCACCUACGGCGAUGGCUGUCUGCAGAAAUGUAAUUGCAAGAACGGUGCCGAUUGUCACCAUGUUACAGGCGAGUGCCAGUGCCUGCCGGGCUGGCAGGGCGCCGGCUGCGAGGCGCGCUGCGCGGCGGGCUGGUGGGGCGCGGGCUGCUCGCAGCCGUGCCGCUGCCAGCACGCCGCGCAGUGCCGCGCCAGCGACGGCUUCUGCCGCUGUCGGCCCGGCUACACCGGCCACUACUGCACGCAGUUCUGCCCCGAAGGUUACUACGGGGACCACUGCAUGGAGGCGUGUUCUUGUCCGUCUGUCGGCAACUGGGUGUGCGACCCCAUACAAGGUUGCAUCUGUCACAGGAACUUCAUCGGCGAGCACUGCGACAUACACGCCGCAGACCAGAUUGUUACUAACCGAGCGGAAGCAUCAUCGACGACAGGCCUGACGGUGCUGAUGGUGAUCCUGGCGUUGGUGUGCGCGGCGGCCGCGCUGCUGGUGUACGUGUACUACCGCAAGCGCGUGCGCAGCCUCAAGCGGGAGAUCGCGCACGUGCACUACACCGCCGACCCUAACGCGCAGCCAGAACAACACUUCGACAACCCGGUGUACUCGUAUCAAGGCUCGACCCGCAGCGACGAUGCGACCACUCUUCUCAACAACACGAUAUUCAACAACUUGGGCAACGGCAACAAGAACAACAACGCCACUCUCGAGAAACUCCGGAUGAGGGCUGGCGGCUCUUCUGAUACAUAUGAUCCCCUGUCGUCCUUGAAGAAUAAAGAUGCAGACGCGAACAACCCCAACUUAUACCACAUAAUCGAUGAUGAAAAACUAGAUCACGUCUACGAUGAAAUAAAGCAUAAGGAGGGUUAUGAAGGGGAAUACGAUCAUCUUAACUAUACCCCACCGGCCAACAAAUGGAAGCAAAAUUACCAAAGAAUGACGAACGGAUUCACUGUACCCAACGGCCAGCCGGUCCCCGCUCCCCGGAACGAUAUCUCGACGCCGCCUAUCCCGCCACUCCCCAAAAUGAACAUCAUAUCUCCCGCGCUGCCCGACAUCGACCAGCACAGCGUCGGAUCCGAACCCCCCACCCCACCGGAGAGGGAAGACGACGCCCCUUCCGAACUAGAUAAUGCGUCUGUGCAGACACACAACAAAUAAAUAAGUGAAAUUUGUGAUCAACAUUUGAUCGGUGCCAAGUAGAAGACUAUUUAGCGAUCUAUUACGACGAAUCAUAUUUUUAUAAAAAUUUACACAACGCGUGUUAUUAAAUGAUAUUAUGUGAGUGAUCUCCUUGUAAUGAUCGAUAUAUUGAGGUGGUAGACCUUCACAGUCGCCUUAAAUGAUUAGAAUAGUAAUUCGUUGACGUUGGUUGCGAAUGUUUGAUGAUGCAAUUUAUUGUGAACUGGUGUUUAUGCAAUGGUUGUACUUUCAUGUCAAGGUUGAGAGACUGUCUCACAUAUCUAGUAAUACCAUAUCUUAAAAAAAUGAUUUGAUGAAUAUUUAAUCUGAUAUCAGAUGUCUUAUUUUAAUUUGUAGGUUAAUUUUAAUAUUUAUUAAGAGACGUAUAAUUCGAUUGAAAGUUAUUUCUUAUAAAUAUUUUUUUUAUGUUACAAAUCAAAUAUUUAUGAAAAAAGAAAUUUAAUUAUUAAGCCAGUUUAUUAUAUUCAUUAUAAAUUGGUGUAAAGGUCUACCAGGCCUGUGUUCAACUUUAGUAAUUUUUUCAUACCUAUUUUAAUAUGUUAACCUAAUUAUGGUAAAGUUUAUAUUAAGGAAAUUAAAAGAAUUACAACUUACACAUUUAUUUUUAAAACUUGAUAUGUCAAACCAACGGAACCAUUCCCAAAUACGUUUAUAUUUUUAAUAGAGUAAUUUAUCAUUUUAAUUUUAUAGAAAUCUAAUGCUUUUAUGAAUAUUAUAUGAUUAUAUUUUUCGUUUUACAUAUUCUUUUUUAUAAAAUAGUUUUGACUAUUUUUAUUAUUGUGAAAUAUUAUUUUAAUAGAUUUAUCAAAUUACUUUUCUCAAUCAACGCUAGGCAUCUCAUUUUUCAUAUUUUUUUUAUAUACGAUACGAAUAGUAGGUAAGUAUAAGUUUUGUAUCUUAUUAAUAUUUAUAAAAUUAAUGAUUUGGGUGUUUUAGUGUAUGUAACGGACAAUCACAGCGUGUUGGCGCUGUGAUUGUCCAUAUUCAAUUCGAAUCUUGUAUUUUUAACUAAAUGGACAGUUUUUACCGCAGCAUCUUAAAUGCCACCAGGACUUGCGCGCUUUGCUAUUAGAAAACUAAUUUAAGAAUAAAGUUACAUAGCUUAUAAAUAAAAAUCGAUAUGCAUACACGUAAUUAACAUAGGUCACAACAAAAUGAAAUGCAGAAGUUACAUAUUUAUCAUUAUCGUCUUGCAUACAAAGUUCUUGUUAUCACAAUUAUUGAAUGCUAAAUUAUUCUGACGUAAAAACUGAAUAUUAUUAAGCAUGCAUGUUUAAUAGAUUACAAACUAUUGUAUACCCGCAGUGUUGGGCAAAUUUUAAUUGCAAGAACAAUUAAAGAUUAACAAUUAAUUAAUUGUUAAUUGUUACUAAUACAAUUAACAAUUAAUCAAUUGUAAUUGUGAAAAAUUACAAUUAACAAUUAUUUAAUUGUUAACUGUAUUAGUAACAAUUUACAAUUAAUUAAUUGUUAACUGUAUUAGUAACAAUUAACAAUUAAUUAAUUUUCAAUUGUUUUGUUAAUUUUAAUUAAAAAUAACAAUUAUAAAAAUACUGUUGUAUAAUAUAAAGCCGGUAUAUAUAAAUCCCCUUUGAGUCACCGGGAAUCCCUUCAUCCACAGGUUUAUAUAAGGAUUUUAUUACAAUAUCUAAUAAGUAUGACUUUAACAAAAACAAAGAGUAGAGAACUAAAUUAAAUAGGUUUACAUGACAACUUUUUUUUUGUGGUGUACGUGCCUCAGUGCACAUGAGAAUGUGUGUGUUAGCGCGCGUGCGUGUGUAUGUUUGUGUGUGUAUGCGUGCGUGUGGUAUAUAAGUUAAUUGUUAAUUUUAAUUGUUUCAUAAAACAAUUAAAAAAGUUAAUUGCAAUUAUUUUAAUUGUGAGUUGCAAUUGACACACGUUAAUCAAAUUAAUUUAAUUGCAAGGUGCAAUUAAAAGUUCAAUUGCGAUUAACUUAAUUGUAAUUAAUUUAAUUGCAAUUACUUUUUUAAUCAAUUAACAAGACAAUUAACAAAUUAAUUGAUUAAUGCCCAACACUGUAUACCCGUGAUAACAUCAUUGUACUGUAUAAUAUUUAUCCGUUUUAUAGACACAAAAAUAUUUUCAAUGUUAUGUAAAAAACUAUAGACAAAAAAGGUAAAGGUAAAGAAAAUACAAGUUAAGAUCUAUGAUCGUCUAAAUUUUUUUGUAUUAAAUUGUAGGUAUUUUUAGUAAUAGAUAAACUUUAUCUCAAUUAGCUUUUCAGAUAAAAUUCUUAUUGUUAAUGAAUUGCUGUUUGGGAAUAUCUAUGGGGAGAAAUUACAAUACUACAGUAUUGGACUUGCUCAAAAUGUGCCAAACUUUAUACUAUUAAAUUUUGCGAUCAAACUUGUUAUUUGACUAGUAAGAACUUUUGGCAAUAAUGUAAGUACCUACCUAAAACUGGCAUUAGAAAUACGAAAAGAAAACCAUAUUUUAUAACAUUUAAUUAUUUACGGUAUGAAUAUAAAUAGUUAUAAAUAACCAUGUAAGUAAUUGUUUGCCUAAUAGCUAAAUUGAAUUACCCUUAUUGAAAAAGUAUCACGUAUUUAACAAAGCAAAGUAACCAGCAAUGUACAUAUUGUGUUGUCGGUCUGCGCUUUGACACGAGUUUUUGCAGUUGACCCAUUGUGAGAAACGUAUGUCUAUUUACAUUAUCUGUAAAGACUUGUAGAGAAUUUAUUAAACAUUUAUUAAUGCUUGCAAA